UGUGCCGUUUAUCACUGCUCUGGAAGUGGUCAGCGUGGUGCUUUUUAGUUUUUCGUGAAUUAUUGUAUGACUACAAGGGGCUUUCAUUUAUAAACGUGUUGUUAUAAUCGUGAAUUCCAUCCAUCAAAGGCGUUUGGUGUACAUUUUAAGUCACUGCUCUGUAAAAAAACGACUACGCAAAAGCCUGAGACAACAUGUACGACAUGGCUAAGCGGGAGCACUUCCCCCAUGAAAUGCACGGCUACAUUGUUACUAAGCGAAGGAUGGCAGCGUUCGAAUGCGUGAAAACCAUCAAAUGAGUGAAGUUUGCUUACAAUGCCAUGGCUCGUGGGCUUUUGGACGCAUUGCAUGUUUUGCAUAAUGACAUGUUCAGCGGGCGGACUGGAGCAAUUCGCGUUUGAGAGCUAGCAAGCUAAAGCUACUUUUAUUCUUAGUAACUGGUAGGAAAUGGAGACCAUGCACAUCAAACGGGUUGGCGCAAAUUUCUGGACUGAAAAUCCUUAGUUUAAGUAAUGGAUGGUGCCAAUUUGUCCAUGUGGAAUAUAUUUUUCAAUGAAUGCAUACGAGUUUGGCAGGAGUGAUAUUUUCAUUUUCACCAAAGCAAGAUGGACUCUCAUUCGCUUGUCUAUCAUGUCAGACCCUAGAACGACAUUUUGCACGAAUAUGCACAUUGGAGCUUAAUAUUAAAAACGUUGGGCAAGCUCAACAAAAUAUUAUUAAUAAAUUAGUAUAAACUGAUGUUGUUCCUCAUGGAAUGUUUACCGUGGAUACACUUUAUUGAUUCCGUGACAGCCUAAUCGGGUUUGCAGGCAGCACCGGUUUUACCUGAAAACAAUCGCUGCAAUACUGUAGGAUAUCAUCUUGACUGAACUGUAUCUACCUGAUAUUGCGUAUUUUAUUGUGUACUGAAUGUUCAUUGCUCCGUAGUUGUCUACGUUCCUGGGUUGCUGCAAGUGCCUAUAUGUCCGAUGGGCUGCACGAAUUUAGAAUCGACACUGGUUCAUCAACAACAAAUAAUGUUCCACAAUAGUUUGAAGCUUUAUCACAUAUCGAAGACUUGACUAUACACACGUUUUAAGUUAUUUUCACAGUGAUGAUUAAUAAGCAUGUUUACUAUGCCUGCUGAAGAAUACAACCAGAACAAUAGCCUCUGGUUGUUUGGUGCAUUAACCAAGCAUUGCAAAUGAAUCGAUUGACUGAGAGCAAUGUCUUGUAUUUUAUAGGUCAUCAUCAUCGCAUGACAAAGCCUGACAGACAGAUUCAUCUUCAUCUUUCAGAUACAGCAUUUCCAUAGUCUGUGCCUAAGCUCAGCAGCGCCAUGAAAGGUGGAGGAAGGGGUAAGGAGCCUGUGCUGGAGGUGAGCUGCAAGCGGCCCAAGCGCAAGUGUCUACAAUGGCACCCGCUACUCUCCAAGAAGGCCCUGGACUUCUCAGAGGAGGAAGAGGAGGAGGAGGAAGAAGAACUAGAGAAGGAACCAUUGCUGGUCAGGGAGACCCAGGGGCCGAAGGUGCCAUGCGGGGGGCCCAUGGAGGGGGAGGAGGACUCUUCAGAGCAGCGGGCCCGCCGGCCCAUGAAUGCCUUCCUGCUUUUCUGCAAGCGCCACCGUUCGCUGGUGAGGCAGCAACACCCUCGGCUGGACAACCGCGGUGCCACCAAGAUCCUGGCUGACUGGUGGGCCGUGCUGGAGCCCAAAGAGAAACAGAAGUAUACAGACAUGGCCAAGGAGUACAAGGAUGCCUUCAUGAAGGCUAACCCGGGCUACAAGUGGUGCCCCGCCACCAACAAGCCAGUCAAGAGCCCCUGCCACACUGUCAGCAACACCCGCAAUAAAGUGUGGUCCUUGCCUUCCAACUCUCCUAAGGGCUGUGCCACUGCCAAGAAAGUGCCCAAGACUGACAGUAUACCACAGCUUAAUUUCGCCAUGGCAGAUCCCACGAAGAUGGGUGGCCUAAGCAUGCUACUGUUGGCUGGGGAGCAUGCCCUUACUGCCAGAGAGAGUCCCUCCAGCUCCUCACAGUCUGGAGUCACAGAUGUCACUAAGUACCCUGAUAAAUCCUCCCUAUUCCAACUUGCUGAGAUCUCCUCCAGCACGCUUCAGCCCAGUUUAACGGACACAGCUGGCAAGGGGAAGCCCUUGAGUCGGGGAGACCAGUCAGAAACCUGGUCUGGAACCUCACAUCAGGGAAAGCCUGAUGUACCCAAUGCCAACGUCAAGUCACCUCUUUUUCAACUGGCAGAGCAGAUCUCCUCUGAUUCGAGCCAGUCGACUGCACCAGAGGGAAAGCAGUGUGGCCAGUCCACUCUCUUCCAGCUUGCCGAGAUGUGCUUGGCCUCCGAGGCAGGGAAGAUGGAGGCACAGGAUGAUACCUGCACCCCACACAUCAAAACUGAGACGGUGGUCAAGGAGGAGGCUGGGUGCGACACCUCCGAUCUUCCUCUCUCCUCUCUCCCGUCUUCCUCCUCCAUGCCCACUGACGCCAGUCUCCUGCUGCUCAGCGGCCAAGCGGCCAGCAUCAAAAAGAAGAAGAAGAAGAAAGACGCCAGCACCAGAGAGCCGGCCAAAGUGGUGGACAAAGACAAGAGCCCUGGUCCCGGCUCGCCCACAAAUACCCUCAAGAAGCGACCGUCAUCCGAGUCGGAGUUGGAGAGCCUCUUCUACACUAUCGAAGCCGUGGCUAAAGGGGCCUGGGGCGACGCAGAGGAGGAUAUGCCCAAGAAGAAGGCUCGCACCGCCGCCGUUACCAUUCUGGUCGAGUCCAGCUCACCCAAAAAGAGGGCCAAGCCCAAAGCCAAGAGGCCCCUGAAGGCUAAAGAAGAUGAGGGAAAGGUGGAGAAGGACAAAGAUGACGACGGACGCACAGAGCUUCCAUUGACAGUGGAGACUGCGGUGAAUACAGCAAGCCCCAAGACGGAGGCUAAGGAGGCCAGUAUUAGCAGCAGCACGGAGGAGCCCACCUCCCCUCCCAGCCCCCCGCACAACACAGAGGGGUGUGGCUCCAGAAAGUCUGAGAGAAGCUGCAAGGGGGCGCUGUACAAGACCCUGGUGUCGGAAGGGAUGCUGACCUCACUGAGGGCCAACGUGGACAGAGGCAAAAGAGGCUCUUUUCGAAGUGCAUCUGAUGAAGGGGGCUGGACUGACGAGACCUGGGCUUUCUCACAGAUGGGACCCAGUAAUUUCAAGAAGCUAAAGAAGUCCAAAUCCAAAGACGAGACCGCGACAGGUUUGGGGAAACUAGAGGAGGAGUUUGAGAAGAAGUUCAACAGCCUGCCGCAGUACAGCCCUCUGACAUUCGACAAAAAGAGCACCGUCGUCAGCAAGAAGAAAAAAACAGACGUUAGCACCGCACCGGAGGAACAACCUCCGAAACCUGCCAAGGGUCCAUCUCCAUCUCAGAAAAAGACUUUAUUCCACAAGAUUGUUAGCAAGUACAAGCAGAAAAAGGAGAAGCCCAAUACUUUGGACAAAGACAUAGCGAUGCGUAGUGACUCCCCCAUGUUCGACUCGGCUGCCAAGGCCACCAAGGCAAAGCCGAGCCCAGCCCCCUGUGCCACCACCAGGCUGAACCCAGAAUCCAUGGGAACUAGCCCUAGCGUGCCAGUGGGCAGCCAGAAAAGGAAGGCCAGGAAGAGCAAGAUCACCCACCUGGUGCGCUCGGCCGACGGCAGGGUGUCCCCAGCCGAGGAGGACAAAGCCAGGGACCUGACCCCGGAGCAGGAUGACAAGCCAUUAUCCCAAGAUACUUUAUGCAAUGAAACAGGGUGUUAUAGCGCAUCCAAGCAAGAGGAGGCAGACAGGAGCAGUGCACCCGAAGACCUGCCUGCCUUCUUUAGCCUGGCUGCCCUUGCAGAGGUGGCAGCCAUGGAGAACAUUCACAGAGGCCAGCUUGUGAUUGGUGACAGCCAGAAGAAGGACAUGGCCAAGACCCCUGUGCUCAUCUCCUGCGCUGACCAAUGAAGUGGAGCAGCCUCCUGCUUCCGGCAAAACAAAAUGGAUGCUUGCGUGUUCGUUUUAACUUUUUAACCUCAUCCUGUCCUGGAAGGAGACGGAACGUGACUCGUGGAUGGACCCCUCUGUGGUGAAUUAGCUCAAGAGCUCUGGUCUGAGGUGGAAAGAGGGGGUGAACUCACCUCAGUGUUCUCCUGAACCCUUCCCUUGGCAGUAAGAGGUCACAUCCCUCUUCCCGGACACUACUGCCUAGAGGACCCUGUGGAAGAGGAAGACCAGUCCCUGAGAGCAUGGCUUCCAUUAGAGGUAGUUGUGUUAACGUGUAACCUUUGUCUGAUAUUAAGCCAUUUUAAAGGUCAAAUUUUGCUAACAAAAAUUGCAUUAAAAAAAAAAGGAAACCUACACAUGUAAAAUAACAUCUUCCCCAUUUCAACCACACUGUUUCGCAAAGACUCCACCUAGCAUACCUCGACAUAGGAUGAGUCAGAUCUUGUGGCUUCCUGCACGCCUUCAUGCUUGAACUUAAACUGACACAGCCUGGGUAGAUAGUCCUCGUGACUGAAAGGGUCCAAGAUACAGACAUUACUCGUUAUUUGAUGUGUACCUUUUAAUUUUAAUUUGCCUAUUUAGUGUGGUCUAGAGAUACAGCAGACCUCUUAACCUUCCAGACCAUUACAUUUAAAGUAAUUUAGCAGACGCUCUUAUCCAGAGCGACUUACAGGAGCAAUUGGGAUUAAGUGCCUUGCUCAAGGGCAC